AGUGCGGGGCCGGCCAGACCCGGAGGAGGAGUGCAGACGCCGCUCGCGCCGCAGCCCAGCCGCCGGGGAGUGCCUCCCGCCCGCGGGCCGCCGGCUCCAUGGCGACCGGGCUCGGGGAGCCGGUCUACGGACUUUCGGAAGACGAGGGAGAAUCGCGUAUUCUGAGAGUGAAGGUUGUUUCUGGAAUUGAUCUCGCCAAAAAAGACAUCUUUGGAGCCAGUGAUCCAUACGUGAAACUUUCAUUGUACGUAGCGGAUGAGAAUAGAGAACUUGCUCUGGUCCAGACAAAAACAAUUAAAAAGACGCUGAACCCAAAAUGGAAUGAAGAAUUUUAUUUUAGAGUAAACCCAUCUAAUCACAGACUCCUGUUUGAAGUAUUUGAUGAAAACAGAUUGACACGAGACGACUUUCUGGGACAGGUGGACGUGCCCCUCAAUCAUCUCCCGACAGAAGACCCAACCAUGGAGCGACCGUACACAUUUAAGGACUUUCUCCUCAGACCAAGAAGUCAUAAGUCUCGGGUUAAGGGAUUUCUGCGCCUGAAGAUGGCCUACAUGCCGAAGAACGGAGGUCAGGAUGAAGACAGCGGUGAGCAGAGGGACGACAUGGAGCACGGGUGGGAAGUCGUGGACUCGAACGACUCGGCUUCUCAGCACCAGGAGGAGCUUCCUCCGCCCCCUCUGCCCCCGGGCUGGGAAGAAAAAGUGGACAAUUUAGGUCGGACCUACUAUGUGAACCACAACAACCGGAGCACUCAGUGGCACCGGCCGAGCCUGAUGGACGUGUCCUCCGAGGCGGACAGCAACAUCCGGCAGAUCAACCAGGAGGCGGCGCACCGGCGCUUCCGCUCCCGCCGGCACAUCAGCGAGGACCUGGAGCCCGAGGCCUCCGAGGGCGGGGAAGGCCCUGAGCCUUGGGAGACCAUUUCCGAAGAAGCGACCAUCGCUGGAGACUCGCUCAGUCUGGCGCUGCCCCCACCGCCGUCCUCCCCUGUGUCUCGGACCAGCCCUCAAGAGCUGUCCGAGGAAUUGAGCAGAAGGCUUCAGAUCACCCCAGACUCCAAUGGGGAGCAGUUUGGUUCUUUGAUUCAGAGGGAGCCGUCCUCGAGGCUGAGGUCGUGCAGUGUCACCGACGCGGUCGCAGAGCAGGCUCAUCUACCACCGCCCUCAGUGGCCUACGUACACACCACGCCGGGCCUCCCUUCAGGCUGGGAAGAAAGAAAGGAUGCUAAGGGACGCACAUACUAUGUCAAUCAUAACAAUCGCACCACAACCUGGACUCGGCCUAUCAUGCAGCUCGCAGAAGAUGGUGCUUCUGGAUCCACCACAAACAGUAACAACCACCUAAUCGAGCCUCAGAUCCGCCGGCCUCGUAGCCUCAGUUCGCCAACAGUAACUUUGUCCGCCCCACUGGAGGGUGCCAAGGAUUCACCCAUACGCCGGGCUGUGAAAGAUACCCUUUCCAAUCCUCAGUCCCCACAGCCAUCACCUUACAACUCCCCCAAACCACAACACAAAGUCACACAGAGCUUCCUGCCGCCCGGCUGGGAAAUGAGGAUCGCGCCCAACGGCCGGCCCUUCUUCAUUGACCAUAACACAAAGACUACAACGUGGGAAGAUCCACGCCUGAAAUUUCCAGUACAUAUGCGAUCAAAGGCACCUUUAAACCCCAAUGACCUUGGCCCUCUUCCUCCCGGUUGGGAAGAAAGAAUUCACUUGGAUGGCCGCACAUUUUAUAUUGAUCAUAAUAGCAAAAUAACUCAGUGGGAAGACCCAAGACUGCAGAACCCAGCCAUUACUGGCCCGGCGGUUCCUUACUCCAGAGAAUUUAAGCAGAAAUAUGACUACUUUAGGAAGAAAUUAAAGAAACCUGCUGAUAUUCCAAAUAGGUUUGAAAUGAAACUUCACAGAAAUAACAUUUUUGAAGAGUCCUACCGGAGAAUCAUGUCUGUGAAAAGACCAGAUGUCCUAAAAGCGAGGCUGUGGAUUGAAUUUGAAUCUGAGAAAGGUCUCGACUAUGGGGGCGUGGCCAGAGAAUGGUUCUUCUUACUGUCCAAAGAGAUGUUCAACCCCUACUAUGGUCUCUUCGAGUACUCUGCAACGGACAACUACACACUUCAGAUCAAUCCCAAUUCGGGCCUCUGUAAUGAAGACCACCUGUCCUAUUUCACUUUUAUCGGGAGAGUUGCUGGCCUGGCGGUAUUUCACGGGAAACUUUUAGAUGGUUUCUUCAUUAGGCCGUUUUACAAAAUGAUGCUGGGAAAGCAGAUAACUCUGAACGACAUGGAGUCUGUGGAUAGUGAAUAUUACAACUCUUUGAAAUGGAUCCUAGAGAAUGAUCCCACUGAACUGGACCUGAUGUUCUGUAUCGAUGAAGAAAACUUCGGACAGACAUAUCAAGUGGAUCUGAAGCCCAAUGGGUCUGAAAUAAUGGUUACAAAUGAAAACAAAAGGGAAUAUAUCGACCUAGUCAUCCAGUGGAGGUUUGUGAACAGGGUCCAGAAGCAAAUGAACGCCUUCCUGGAGGGAUUCACAGAACUGCUUCCCAUUGAUUUGAUUAAAAUUUUUGAUGAAAAUGAGCUGGAGUUGCUGAUGUGUGGCCUUGGCGAUGUGGACGUGAACGACUGGAGACAACAUACAAUCUACAAGAACGGGUACUGCCCCAACCACCCCGUCAUUCAGUGGUUCUGGAAGGCUGUGCUGCUGAUGGACGCCGAGAAGCGUAUCCGGCUGCUGCAGUUUGUCACCGGGACGUCCCGAGUACCUAUGAAUGGAUUUGCUGAACUUUAUGGUUCCAAUGGUCCUCAGCUGUUUACAAUAGAGCAAUGGGGGAGUCCUGACAAGCUGCCCAGAGCUCACACAUGCUUUAACCGCCUUGACUUACCUCCAUACGAAACCUUCGAAGAUUUACGAGAGAAGCUUCUCAUGGCCGUGGAAAACGCUCAAGGAUUCGAAGGGGUGGAUUAGGCACCCUCUGCCUCGGGUGGUGGUUCAUCCAGCAAGUCCUGCUUGCACUUUCGUAUUUGCCUAACGGACUUUGCAGAGACGAUGGCGGAAGCGCACCGUGGCCCCUGGAGCCGAGCCUUUGCCCGUGACUUGCCCAAGUUCAGACGUGGGAACCCAGUCCCAGGUCCCGUUUCUGCAUUUUCCACUGCGAAUUAUCAACUGGUUGAUGUGUAUACUAAUUACAUUUCAGGAGGACUUAAUUCUAUUUAUGUUGUGCCUCUGUAAGGCAAAGCCCUUAAUAAAUAUUUUACAUACUUUAUAAUGACAAUGAAUGGAAUUAAUCAAUCUACAGGUAUAGUAUUACAACUCAUGUUUACUUUUUGAAAAUGAUUUAGACCGAUUUUCCAAUUUCAUUUCAUUACAAUUAAAGAUGUCUCAUGUACUUGGAAAA